UGGCGCUGCCGUCACGUAAACAGUAAGCUCCGUAUUUAUUAUCGCAAAAAAAUAGUAAAUCAACGUCUUUAUUUAUUAAAGUAGUUUAAAAGUGAAAAGUAUCGUGUAAAUAUAACGUACGAAUGUUAUCUCCAGUAAAUAUCAAGAAAAUCUAGUGAAAUAUACAAAAAAACGAACAGUGAAAAGUGAUUGUGAAAAAAUCAUCAUAAACCAAUAAUUACUUACUAGAAAGUGCAUCAUACCGAAACAAAUACUGCUACUCACUCUCUUCACCGAGAAAAUACAUAAAACAUACCAUUUUGUGCUUUUGUUUAUAAUAAACUUAAAACCGACAAGAAACAGACGGUUAAUUUUAUUCAAAUCUGUGACGGUGCUUGACGAAUUUGAACUUUGACUACCUAACAUUAAAGAAAAAUGUUGAGAGAUUACGACAUCUAUCGAUGAAUACGUAUCACAUUUUCGUUCUCUCAGUAUCGGUCUAGGUGGCUCAGCGGCGAAUACGGUGCAUAGACAGUGUUAGUUUCAAGAGGUCCGCUGUUCGAACCUCGAAGGAGAAUAUUUAGUUAAUUUACCUUUUGACAUCUUUAUUGAAUAAUAUUAUUAUAAUGGAUGAGAAUAUUACUUACCGAAACAUUAGAAGACGAAGCAGUUCACUUCACAACAUUUCAUCGCCCUCAAGUAUGUUUGAUUCCCCAAUGACAAGCUUACCCAAUACAUCAAUAAAUAAUAGCUGCACAGUUCAAGACCUAAAUGAAAAAAUAAACACAAUGACGAACGACCUUCUAACUGCUCAUAAAGAAAUUGAUAAACUUAAUAGUGAGGUAACACGGCUCAAUUCUGAAUUACAAAAAUUAAUAAAAACCAACAACACUCUUAUUUUGGAUGAAAGCUGCAAUACAAGUACUCCGCGGUCAUCAUCAUCGGGACGUAAGAAAAAACGUAGCAGAACCAAAAACUAUAUAGAUCCCCCCAAACCGAAAACAAAAUUGACUACAAGGGAUGUACCGGAACGAGCAAACUCAUCGCUGUGAAGAAUUUAUGUACUCCGACCAAAAUCAAGUCUGAUGGUGCACAAUUGACUACGGAAAAACUAAUUGAACCUAUGAAAAAGAUUACAAUUAUUAGUAGUGAUAAUAGAAAUAAGAUACUAAACAUAUCCAAAGAAUGUUUAAACGGAUAUAAAUUCUGUCAUUAUUUGAUACCGAAUGGUAGCAUAAAACAACUACUAGAUAAUAUUGAAUAUAAACUGCAAAAUUACACUUAUAAUGACUUCUGUAUAUUAUUAAUCGGUGAUGCCGAUUUCCGUAUAACCAAGGAUUAUUCUCAACUAAUUGAUUAUAUUAGAAAACAAUUGUUAUUAGUCCAGCAUACCAAUGUGAUAUUAUGUUCUCCAACCUUCAAGUGUAAUAAUUAUAGUAACCUCUUUAAUCUACGUAUAGAAGCUUUUAACGACAGACUCUAUUUAGACAACUUAAAACAUGAAUAUGGUUUUAUAUUAGACUCAAACAGAAAUUUGACGUACUCGAAUGAUAUGUUUAAUAAUUCUGGCUUAAUUAAUAACUUAGGAACUAAAACAAUAUUUCGCGACAUUCUGAAACUGAUCCAUUCGAUUGAACAAUAUAAUCAGACAUUAUCUAAUAUAAGUUUAACAUAUAAUAAUUAUUAUGAUGAUGACAUUACUAUUAUUCAUGACGAGAAUAAGCUUUUUCGAAUGUAAUUAUAUGAACGUAUUACAUGUAAAUAUUAAUGGUUUUCUUAGUAA